AUGUCGAAGUCUACGCCUCAAACAGUCUAUGUUGUUACGGGGGCGAAUCGAGGCAUCGGCCUCGGUCUCGCCAAAGGGCUGCUCUCACGACCAUUCCUUACCGUUGUGGCCACCUGUCGUGAGCCAGCAGUCACUUCAUGCAACGCCGAACUUGCCGCUGCUCCCACUGGCGAAGGCAGCACGUUCGCCGUCUUCGCAUUGGACCCGGCUACCAUUUCCUCGACAGCAGAGCUCCGCGCUCGUUUCGUCAAAGAGACGGGCCUCGAUCGCGUCGACGUGCUGAUCGCGAACGCCGGUAUGGCUACCUCAAUGGGCGAUGCUGUCGACACCACCGCCGAAGACCUUCAGUCUCACUUCGCCGUCAAUACCACCGCGCCGCUACUUACCUUCCAAGCUCUGUGGCCGCUCAUGCAGAUCGUAAAGGUGCCCAAGUUGUUUACAAUCUCGUCGUCCGUGGGUUCCAUCGAGAUCAUGGAGCUGUCGGGCGGGGCGUACGGUCCGAGCAAGGCAGCGCUGAAUUGGUUGACAAAGAGGUUGCAUGUUGAAUGUGAGAAAGAGGGCUUGGUUAGCGUGGCAGUGCAUCCUGGUUGGGUGCAAACCAGUAAUGGCGAGUACGCAGCUAAAGCUUGGGGUUAUCCCGGCAAACCACCGUUGACAGUCGAGCAGAGUAUCAAGGGUGUUCUUGAGGUGGUCGACAAAGCUGCUCGUGACACCACGUCCGGGAAAUUCGUCUCCUACGAUGGCCAGAUCCUGCCUUGGUGA